AUGAGCUUAGUAAAAACAGCUUUGAAGUUCAUUCAAUUUAUUGCGAAAAUCAGUCCUAAAUCCACUAAAGAAGAUAAACAAUUAAGAGAUAUCGAAAGUGAAGUGCAAAGAAAACUGGUUGAGAGUACAACACAGUUUUUUUCCACCUCGAGUGUACAUAGCUAUAGUGAUGACGACGAUGAUGAUGACUGGGGAGUUGAAUCAGCUACUCAACUUAAAGGUGUGUAUGCUGGAUAUUUUUCCUCAAAUCCUGAGGAUGAAAUUGACCCUAUUGAGGAACAACUAUUCCCUCCUCGUCUUUCACUUUUCAGAAAAAAAAAUCUUGCUUUAUUCCGAAACACUUUUGUUGUACAAAAGUAUGAUGAAACUAUUCCUCAGCUCUAUUCUUUAGAAUUAGAAGAUGAAACCGUUCUAACAUCCAAAGAACAUUUCUUGAAAUGGUUGAGAUCACUAAAUCUCGAGGAAAUGAACCGAUACAAAUCUGAAGAAGAAUUAUCUGCUGAAAGCUCAAAAGAUUUAAUUUUGGAGAAAUUUAGACACAAUAUCGAUUAUAUUGAUCCUUUCUCUGUGGCAUGGGCACAAUUUUAUUAUGAAUCAGCUUGGAAAUUGAUGAGGAUCGGAACAAAGGAGUCUUGUGCAUCUUGCUUCAAAUUGAUAGGAGAAUACUUCUCUAAAAUUCCAGCAGCAAGAAUAACGAGUGAUAUUGAUCAUGAAGAUGUCCAAAAAUUGAAUGAAUUAUUUAAACUUAGUUUGGCUUUAUUGGAAAUAGCCGCACUGUUAGUUAAUCCAGAUAAUUAUGAUAGAUUUUUGGAUAUGAAAUCAUAUCUAUUAUUAUUUAAUUCCAAGAACAUUGAUAUGUUAGAACUUAUAGAAAUCAAGGGUUUAUGUCACAAUAUUGUACUAUUCUCAAAGAAACAAGAAACGUUCAAACGAUGCGAGAAAAUUGUAUCCAAACUUGUAGAAAUUUUCUCAAGAAAUAGCCAAGUUUCAACUCCUACUGUUAUGAUCAUGGAUCCAAAAUCACAUUUAACCACUCCUCCAACUCAUGCUGAUAUGGCAUGUGAAGCCUUAAUUAUACUGCAUUACUUUUUGUAUAAUAUUUCCCCUCUGACAAUGGAGUAUACAGUUGAUCCACAAAAGAAAGAUUUCAGAAUAAUGUCCAUUCAAAAUAGAAUGACUUCUUCUUUAGAUCCAAACUUCCACUAUCUCCUAGAUGUUAAUCAACGAACAGAAUUACUCAACAUUUUUUACCACAAGCUUCCAUGUAUGUCCACUUUUAAAGCUUUUGUUGCCUUUUCUCUUGGCUUAUAUUGCAGAAACAUUUCUAAUGAUUACAAACAGGCAGAGAGAGUUCUUUUCGAAAGUGUUUACAUAUUUUGUCAGACAAGUGGUUUUACAAAAGCAAUACCAAGCCUUUUAAGCAACAUAUGUACCAGGGUUUUAGUUGAACUUGCACAAGUUCUCACUGAAAAUAACAAGUAUACAUACUCUUCUUUGAUAUUUAGGGCUGCUGUAGAAAAUCAAAAGCUAAUCAAUCUUUCCUAUGAUUAUACUCUUGUAAAUGAUUUAGCAGAAUUGAGUAUAAGAGAAGAUGAUUGGAGAUCUGGAAUUUACUAUUACACAUUGUUACUUAAUCAUGCAAACGAAGAAAAGAUGACAGCCAAAUAUGGUCACCUUUCAUCUCUUUUAUCUUCUCUUUAUAUUGAGCGAGGUGAUUUUAAAAAUGCAGAAUCAUGCAUUACUAAUUCAUUACUAUUUAUGAGAUCUCAAGGAAAAUCUGGAGAGUAUGAACUUAAUCUACAAUUAACACUAGCUAAAUUAUUCCUCCAAAGUUAUAAUUUUGAAAGAGGAAUGGAUUUACUGGCCAGACUAAUGGAAGAGAAAAUCACCUCAAUACAAAGAUGCACUGUGUACAUAAAUUUAGCCGAAGCUUACCUAAAAAAGAGAUGGCUAAAGGAGUGUGAUUUUGUUCUUUUUAGACUGGGUGUGUUAAUGUCAGAACAGGUUUCAAUUCUAGAAACAAGCGGAGUGGAUCCUAUCAAAAUAUUGGAAAUCACAGCUAGAUGUUUCCUUAAAUUAUCACGAUUUUCUGAUGCUUUAUGCUGCAUUAAUAUUGCUUUAUCUCAAUGUACAGCUCCGUAUGUUUUGGCUGACCUUCUUUUCCUAAAAGGAAAAAUUUUGCAAAAGAUUAGUCAAGAUACUAGUCCUGUUUCUUUCCCUUCCACCCUCACUAGUACAAACAAAAUUGAAUUAGUGGAAAGACUACGAGAAUUUUUUGGGAGAAGCACAUAUAAUUACGCUAUGGAUAGCAGUUUAAUUAAUAAGAGGUCAAUUUACAACAACCCAGAAGAAGUUUUACUAGAUGCCCUUGAUUGCCUUUACAAAUCAAAGGAAUUAUAUAUAAUUUGUACAAACGAGUUAAAUGCUGCAAAAGUAGAUAUUUUCAUUGCCAGAUUCCAGAUAGAAUAUUUAAUUGUUCCAAUAGUUUUCUGUGGUGUUGAUCCUAACUUGUUAAUUUUAUCUAAGAGUGAUGGCUGGGAGUUGGACUUGAAAGAAAUUGAGACAAAGCACAUACUUCCUGCACUUGAGGUUGCUUUGAAAACGACCUCAGUCCUUGUUGCUCUCGAUGGUUACAUAACGAUGGCAGAAGCCAAAUUUUUACAAGGCAAGAGAACAAGUGCCGAAAUAUUUUGGAAGCACUGCAGAGAUGUUGUCUUUACACUCUUUAUCAAUGACACUGAAGUGGUCGUUUCAAAAGGUGCACCACCAUCUUUCCUUGAAAAACUCUUAACAUUGUUGAAACGUCUUGUACGAUUAAUGUUCUGUCUUGGAUCUAAGGAAUUGAUUAAUAAUAACUUAUCUAUCAUUGAUUCAUACCUUCUGUUAGAAACAGAAAUUGAACAGAUACUUAAGAGAACCUCUCCAGAAUCAAAUGAUUCGACUGUAUACGACUCUACCUACUCAGAUUCAUCUUCAGAAUCCGAGGUAGAAGAAAUAUCACUGGUAACUAAAAAUAAGAUAUAUGAAUCACUUUUGAUUAAUACACAGAUUAACUCUGUUAGAACUCUUCCAUUCCUGAGGAGAAGAAGAAAAUCCUCCGUAAAGAGCAAUUCUGGGAGAAGCUUAAAGUCUUUCAAUUUACUGAAAAUGGGACCUGGCACAGGAUCACAAUCCACUCAAUCAUCAAAUGGAUCAAAAUCUUCAGAUGGAUAUUUGGAUUACCCUUCUCCUCACGACCUGCUUAGUGAGAAAAUCUGGGGAUGUAUCUUUAGAAUGAAACUUCAUGCAAAAAAGCAUCAUCUUUCUGAGAAAGAGUUAAACUUUAGAAACCAAGAGUCUAUGAGAAGGCUUUAUCACCUAAUGUCAAUUGUUAAACAAAAGAAUUCCCAACAAUUUCCAUCAUACGUAGACAUUAAACUUGAAGAUGCACAAAAAUCAGAAGAAAUAGACUAUAUGAAGUCACUCUUGAUCGAUUAUUCAUCUAUUGAAUCCACUAGAAAUCUUGGAAUGAAUACUUUGGAAAAACUAGUGUAUAUUAUCCAUAUUGAUUCAGUCAUUACAUUCUACACUCCAAAGACAGGACAAAUAAUCUAUCAAAAACUUGGCAAAAAUCAACCUACUCUUAACAAUAGUUCACCAAAAUCAGAAGAAAAGAAAUCAACAGACUCUAAAUACUCAUUCUAUAAGAGUGAACACUCCAAAUCGUCUAGCCAAUCUGUUUCACAAAAACCAGCUUACUCUGCAAAUGUGAUUCCCCAACUUGAAGAUUAUCUCUUUAGUCUGAUUUGUCAACCAAGAAAAGAUAAGAAAAUUAAUAUUCGAGUUGACAAUACAUUCUCUCUUAUUGAACAUUUAUCGAGAAAUAUUGUUAGAGGUCCUUACGACUAUCAUCCCAAUAUUAGACAUAAGAAGAAAUACGAACGAAUUAACAAACAACUCGACAAGUUUGAUUAUAUUGGAUUAUUUAAGAGAAUGAAGAGUAAAUUCUUCUCUCUUACUCCAAGAUCUACAGAUUUUUCCGGAUUACCAAGACUAUCUGAGCUCUGCUACCCUAAUUCUCAAUUAAUUUUGUUGUGUAGUAGGAGUUUACAAGUUCUUCCUUGGGAAUUAAUGUUUGACCACUUUAUUUCUAGAAACUUUUCCCUUCAAAGAGUUGUUUCUCAAGAGAAUAAGAGAAAUGGAAAGAUGAAAUUCAAACCUCAAUAUUUUUGUUUCUACUCUGAAGAUGAGCUCAAAUACAUUUCACCAGUCGAAAGUGAUAGAAAGAAAUGGAUAUUGGAAUGUAUCAAGAAAGGGCUUAAUAUUCAAAAUGAAAGUGUUAACUCUGGGGUAUUCCACGAUAGCCUUCCAAACCUACCUUUCCAUUGUCCAAUCAUUGGGUAUGGUCGUAAACCAAAAUCCAAAUCAGACAGAUACAAGUUCGUCAACUUUGUAAAACUUUCGUCUAUAAGUGAGAAUCCAACACAAAUUAUCACGCAUAUUGAAUCCUACAACUCUGCACAAGAUUUCCCUGUAUUUAUUCUUUCAUUUUCAGAUUUAUUGGAUUUGAGUGAGGCCAUUAUUUGUUUACUCAAUUUCAGACCAGACUGCACUUUACUGUUUUUCCCUGAAUCUGUCAUGUCAAUAGCUCUUGAAUUCUUGAUGGAUAUGCAAAUUGUUUAUACAAAUAGUGGUCAGUUGGCCAACAGUAGACUCACACCAUCAGAGAACUCUAGAAAUGGUUAUAGAUUUUUCCUUCACUCUCUGCAGCUCAUUAAGAAAUGCCUCAAAAUUCCGCUUAUUGUUAUCAAUCCUCCAACAAUAAGCAAUGAAGGAAGAAACGGAUCUUCUUCCUCAACCUCUUCUGAAUAAUCAACGAAACGACUCAAUAAACAAUCCUUUUC